AACCCCUUAAGUUUACUCGAAUAACUCAACAGCGCUCUCUUUCUGUAUUUAUCUUCACACUUGUGUCGCCAAUAUUGACAUGAAAAUACAAUCAUGACUUAUACCAUACCCUCACCAUCGUCUCCCAAUUCUUCUUACCUCAGUCCUUCUCCACUUCGUUCAUCUCCUUUAUCCAACCCACCUCUCUAUCCACCUCGUACACCUUCCCCAACAUCUUCGUCGGGAAAUCAUAUAAAUAAUCGUACUGCUCCACAUCCUAUCCCUCGCUCAAACUAUGUCAUCCCACAUCCUCUAUAUCCCUCUUCACCACUUUCACCACUUUCUUCCUCUUCUCCAUAUAGUUCCGUCACAAGCAACUCACCUGAUUCCUCCAACUUCCGACUUAGUCCAUCAAAUAUGAGACCCAUUUCAUUUUCAUCAAGGACGAUUCCCACUCCUUCUUCAUCAAGAAACAUAAAUUCCAAUUUAUCGAAAGAUUCAAAUCAAACACCUUCUCCUCCACUUUCACUAUCUCGUUCUCACCCUUUAGCAGGUUCUUUUCCUCUUUCUUUACUACACUCCCGUAUGUCUUUAGCUCAACCUCAUUCUCCAGAUGGAGGUUUCACACUACAUAUCGGUUCUUUGGGUAAAGGUAGAAGUUGUCCUCCUGAUCUUAGAGGACCUGAACAUAUAAAAAUACCUUUUAGUGCGACUUAUUAUGAUUUGGAAGAAAAAGGUAGAGGAACACCUUGGGUAGCAAAUGUUGAUUUGGAACAAUAUUACUUUACGACGUAUACCAUACCUUCG